AUGACCUCAGAAACAAACAUUGUUCAGGCUAUCAAAGAACAACCUUCUAGCAAUAAUGUUGUCGAGGAUUGUAAAAGCAAUGAGAUGAAUUCGAUGGCCACAUUGUUACAAAGCAGUAUCCAAGGAGUGCAAAAUUCUUUCAGCACUGUCUACGCCACAUUGGCUUCGAAUUUGAAACAAUCUCUUGAAAUGACACAGACCAUGAAUUCAGUGAUGGAGCAAUUUUUACUAUCAAACCUUCGAAUUACUUCCAAUAUAUCACCAAUUCACGAAUUAGAAGCGCGAGUAGAGAAGUUUACUCCUAGCUUAUUAACUAUCACAAUAACUAAUUCCGGUCAAUUUCCUAUACCAAACGUGUCAUGUGAUUUAACCUUUGGAAAGAAAGGUUAUCAAGAGCAUGCAAACGUAGAACUGAAUUGCGACGAAUCUAUAAAAUGUGAAAUAACGAAAUCUGAUUCCAUAAAAACACCAAUCUCUUCAAUAUUUGUACCAGAAACCUGUAACGUUUCACCAACUUCAUCAGCACAUUCUACGUCGAAAAACUUUACAUUGCCGCCACAAACACAAAUCAUUGAAAAGUUGAGAUUGGCACCACUCGAAUUCAGUCAAUAUAGUGCAAAAAUUAUCGUAAAAUUUUCAAGUCCCGGAACUGGAAAACUGUUACAAAAGGAACACUCUUUUGGUCUAUAUCUUAUUGAUCAGUGUGAAAAAUAUUUACGCUUUCAAAGCUCAACAGAUAUCGACAAAUAUAAUCAUGUAAUGGUGGAAUUGUCUCCAUUUCUUUUACGUCAGUUAUGGAAUGUACAUCCAAGUAGUGGAUUAUCCGAAACGAUGAUAUUUGAAAUUAAUUGGAAGAACGAGAUGUUUUUGUUUGUUCGGAUAAAGGAAUGGAUUGGUAUAAAAAAGUCUAAAGUUCUUUGUCAAGUUCUUGGCAAUAAUACAGAAUCUGAUUAUUCCGAAAUUAUUGAGAGAAUUGUUGAAGAAUUAAAGAUAUUAGGAGAUGAUGCUUGUUAA